AUGUAUGUGCCGCUGGAUGAGAUUCUUCAGCAAUAUGACAUAAUCCGGAGAGACUCGAUUUCGCACACAACAUGCAAACUGGCCAUCUUUGUGUCGUGUCUCAACAUUGACGCUCUGUGUGCAAGCAAGAUGCUAUCGCAGCUACUCAAGGCCGACUUGAUCCCGCACAAAAUUGUUCCCAUUGCUGGCUUUGAUGAGAUGCGUGACGCGUAUGCAGCCAUUCAAGAUGAUUUUGAGAUUGGCACUGUUGUGCUUGUGGGUUGCGGCGCGACAAUUGAUGUUUUGUCGUACCUCCAGGUCGACCGCGAGACGGUGAAUAAAAAGUUUUACAUUAUAGACAAUCAUCGGCCAUGGAAUCUUGAAAACCUGUUUGCCACAGACAAAAUCAUGUGUUUUUACGAUGAAGAUACUGAGGAUGGGUCUUAUGUGGAGAAACUGAAGGACUCUUAUAUCAACUUGCUUAAGUUGUACGAAGAACAAGAUAAUAAAGGAUCCGAUUCUGAGGACGAAGAUGACCCAACUGAUGAAGAAGGAGACAUUGAAAAAGUGGAUAACGAUGACGACGAUAUGCCACGGCCAAAGCGACACAUUGACCGUCUACGUGAAGCUCGCAAAACAGAGGCCAAAAUUGGCAGGUAUGAACAUACACUGGAAACUCACUACACUAAAGGUUCAUAUGUGUCAACAUCCAUUACUGCUGUUGUUUAUGAACUUUUCAACAAGCUAGGUAAAACAACCAUUACCAGUCUGUGGCUAGCUGUUGUUGGCUCUACCUCGCUCGACUCUCAGCACCCGCACAUUUACCAAAUCAUAUACCCUGUUUUACGAACUGAAGUGCUGCGGCUCAACCCGCGCUCUGUGCACAUUGAUACCAAUGCCAUGCGCAAUGCAUCCAUAGAACCUUCUUCGGAAGAUGCCUCCAUUAACCCUUCAACCAUCACCGGUGAUGACGACUCGUUGUACCCGGAACCAGACUAUCUUUUUUUCCUACUACGCCACUGGUCGCUCUACGAGUCUAUGGCCCACUCGUCCUACAUUUCGGCAAAGCUGCGGCUUUACACAGAAGAUGGCCGACGGCGUAUGAAAACAAUGCUGGCUCGCAUGGGCAUUUCACUUCACGAUGCGCGCGAGAGCUGGGUCCAUACCAACGUGACUGUCAAAAAAACGUUGCUGCAGAAGUUAUCUCAAGUGGCGACUUCAUAUAAUAUCAAAGAUGUGAUUCGAGAAGGUAUUGUGCGUAGAUUUGGAUUUAAAGGUUCUUUAUCUGCAGGUGAUUGCGUGGAUGCGCUUAUUACAUUGCUCCAAGUGGGACAUCUUGUAAAUGCAGAAAAUUGCAAGACUGUGCCGCUGCUGAUGGGUCCUAAUGGUGUAUUUGAAGCUGCGGCAGAUCUCGAAAAUGGAGAAAAUGUGGAGGAAGCAGAGGCAAGAGAACGGUUCUGGGUUUCCAAUUUUUGGAACGCAUGGGAUGCCAUGGAUAACAGAGUCGACAAGCUCAUGGAAGGCAUAGAAAAGGCCAAACAGAUUCAGCAAAACAUUGUUGUUGCUGCUACUGAGCUUUUCGAAAAACGACGCAUCAAAAAUUUACAAGCAUACCGAUUAGCUGUGAUUCAAGACGGUCCAGAUCUAGAGCUUCUUUCUAAUCCCUUAGCACUUACACGUCUAGCACAAUGGAUUUCAGAUGCAUGUGCUGAGGUGACACAACGACCAUUACCUCUUGUGGUUGCUUCUUACUACAAGCCUACCGACACAUACCUUGUGCUUGGUAUGACGCCUCAGCGGUCACGGGAGGAAAAUGAGCAAGAGGGCGAGCGGCGGAGCAAACAGAAGGACAAGAACCGGAGGUCAAAGAAGAAAAAGAAGAAAAGAGAGAGAAAGGCAGGGAAGAGUAAAAGUGGACCAAAAGCGAAACGACGCAAGAGUUCGGAUGAUGAUGAUGAAGAAGAGGAAGAGGAAAAAGAAGACAAAGAAGAAGAAGAGCAGAGUGAUGAGGAAGGAACUGAAGAAGAAGAAGAUGAUGAUGAAGAAGAAGAUGAUGAAGAAGAUAAAGACGAAUAUGAGAAAGAGGAGGAAAAUGAUGACGACGAUGACGAAAAUGAUGAGGGGGAAGAAGAAGAAGAAGAAGAAGAAGACGAGUUUAAUCAGUACAAUGCAUUUGGUACUGCGUUUUACAAGGUUGCUGAACAGAUCAAUGCGCGUGUGAAGUUGGACUCAUUUGAGAGUGCUGUCAUUGAAGUUUCACGCGAUGAGCUGCAGCGGUUUCUAGAAGCUCUUGCUGGGUUUGGUUUACUUCGGCGGCGGCGGCGUCGUCGCCGUCGUCGUUAG